AUGACGAGAGACGCCGGCGAGGUUAUACAAACCAUCCCGUCAAACUCGCUUGUAGUUGCCACUGCCACAGUGUCCUCAGAGUUCGGCUUUGAGGACCUCUGCAGCUAUAAUUGGCAAGAAAACGGAAGCAUCGUUGUUCCAGGUGGACCUCCUAAAUGGGUAUAUCAACCACUGCCGAUCACUUUACUUCCAGAUGCUGGUCACCAGUUCGUGGAUCAGAAUGCCUUCCGUGUCCCGCAGUUUCCGUUCGAGCCCGCUUUCCAAGCACUGUCAAUUGUGAAGCCAGAGGCAAAACUAGAUGAUAUCGAUAUCAUUGUCAAUCGUAACAGUCUGCGCAAACUACUCGACUUUGCUGCCGGACGACGGCGAGAUCCAUGGCGUAUGGACUUGCAUUUGGUCAAGAACACCCUCUUCAUUAGCCGCAAGGAGAUGAGCGCUCGAGCUAUGGUUCGUGGUAACGGCAAUUCUGGGUAUGGACAUAACUUCGAAAAGGCCUUCACCAAACCCGAACCGGGAUUGGACGGCUCGAGCAGCCAUCAUAGGGUUAUUCGAUAUCGUUUUGGUAGCCUCGAGUGUGCCGUAAGGUUUGAAGUAGAUGCGUACUACGAAGACCCUGAUCUUCCAGAUCCUACAGAUCCCGCCCAGCAAUCACUUGACCAAAUUGCCACCACGAUGGCGCAGCUUCAAAUCAACGAGCCACAGCCGAGCACGACGAAAAAGGGCAAUACGCAAGUCAUCGUCAAAGGUAACCCCGUCGAUCCAGCAAAGCUAGCCGAGAUAAAAACGCGCAAACAAGUUAACAUCAACGACGCGUUGCCGCAACUCUGGUUUGGGCGCACGCCUUAUCUACUGACUGGCAGACACGAAAAUGGUGUUUUCGGCUCCAUCAGCUGUUCUCAUGUUCAACUUCAAUUCAAAGCCUGGGAGACAGACAACCAGGAAGCCUUGCGCAAGAUGGUCACUCUGCUUACAGAUUUGAAGCGUAUCGUGCAGGGAAUGGAUAGGGGGGCCGCAAUACUUACGGUGCUUGACAAGGGCGGGCCUCUCCAGAUCUUCAAGAUGAAGAAUGCAACGGGCGUCCUGCCUAAGCAUAUGAUUACCAAGUAUUGGACUUUUGGUUCUGAAGGGUAA